AUGCGGUCUCAAAUUGCCAACGUACCUGUGCCUAAUCAACACUCGGAAGUUGAAGAGGGAGGAUUUGGCACGGUUGCUCAUCCAAGUACAGUGGAUGAGGAUAAAGCGAAUAUUCAACCGUCCAACCAAGAUGCCUUUGGAAACGAAGAAUUUGCCGAGGUCAAGUACAAAGUACUGAAGUGGUGGCAAUGUGGUCUGCUAAUGGUGGCCGAAACCAUCUCCAUGGGAAUUCUCUCACUUCCAACUGCAUUCGCGGGUUUAGGGCUGGCUCCUGCGAUUGUCAUCCUAGUUGGACUCGGCGUUCUCGCUACCUAUACCGGCUAUGUAAUAGGGCAGUUCAAGUGCAGAUACCCCCAUAUCUCUAGUGUUGCGGAUGCAGGCGAGAUCCUUCUUGGGCCAAUUGGGCGGGAGUUGUUCUUCAUAGCGCACAUGCUGUACACUGUGUUUAUCAUGGCCAGUCACAUAUUGACAUUCACAGUCGCCAUGAAUACCAUCACUGACCAUGGGACUUGCUCACUUGUCUUCGGGGUCGUAGGGCUUGUUAUAUCGUUUAUUCUCUCGGUUCCUCGAACUUUGAAAAGGAUGACAUGGCUUUCACUGGCCUCAUUUGCGAGUAUUAUAGCGGCCGUCUUCGUAACAAUGAUUGCCGUUGGUGUUCAGAAUCAUGUGAGUAGCUUCAAGGUCACAGCCCAAACCAGCUUGGUCAACGCAUUCACAUCGGUGUCGAACGUUGUUUUCGCAUAUGCCAGUCAUAAUACAUUUUUCAACAUGAUGGCCGAGCUCGAAGACUAUAGAGACUAUCCCAAGGCGCUUGCAUUGCUACAGUCUAUUGAUAUAUGCCUGUAUCUCGUCACAGCCAUCGUUAUCUACUUGUAUGCCGGGGAUGGAGUAGAAUCUCCAGCAUUGAGCUCCGCUGGUCCAUUGAUUGCAAAAGUUGCGUAUGGAGUUGCUUUGCCAACGAUUGUUAUUGCUGGUGUUAUCUACGGCCACAUUGCGUUUAAAACAAUGUAUAUACGGAUUUUCGCUGGGACCGAUCGCAUGCACAAGCAGGACUUCGUCGCAGUCGGAUCUUGGAUUGGACUAGCACUGUCACUCUGGGUUCUGGCCUGGAUCAUUGCAUCUGCCAUUCCUGUGUUCAACAAUCUCUUGAGUCUGAUGAGUGCACUCUUCGCUAGCUGGUUCAGCUUCGGCCUGCCGGGUAUAUUCUGGCUAUACUUGAAUCGAGGCAGAUGGGUCGAGUCGCCACGCAAAGUGCUCUUAACUAUGUUGAAUGUGCUGUGCGUCAGUAUCGGCAUUGUUUUGUGUGGCCUGGGCGUGUAUACAUCAGGCAAAGCAAUUCAUGAUGAUCCGAGCAGUGCGAGCUUUUCCUGUGCCAAUAACGCCUGAUGGAUCAUUACUGGCUAGAUUCACGAUUCGUGGGCAAUAGACAAUUCGCUCGUUUUCUGGAAUUGAGUAAGGCGCAAAAUACAUUGCAGGGACUCACCGAAGUUGCGGAAAGAUAUCCCAAGUUAUGCACAAUACGCUAAAAUUCCAUGUCUAUCUCCCCGCACGAAACGGGGUCUAUGGUUACCCCGGCUGCGUGUCCGAAAUCCAGUGACACCCCGCACUGGGACUGUGCCUCCUAUAUGCGGGGUGUGAUAUUGCUUGUAUUAAAUUCGAUGGAGGCAUUUAUUGAGAUGUAUAAGUACUGUAUUAGAGGUUCUAUGUCAGAGUUCAUUGUGCCUACGAUGAGACGAGCCAUCGUGAAUAUGAACGCGGGAUGGGGGCAGGAUGAAUAUUCCGCUUUAGGAGUAGAUUUCCGC